AUAGCGUGGUUUAUUCGCGUGUGAACAGCCACUUUUCCCCCCUUCAAACACUGGGUGAAGUGAUCUCGCAAAAGCUCUUCUCCUUCGCCUCUAGACGGUUUUUUUAUCGGCCAUCCGGCAAAAAAUUUACACCUGUGUAAAUCACCGAAAGAUUGCUGAGCGAUAACAGUGGCAGAGAAGAUGAAAUACAUGUAAUUUGUCUAUAGAGAAGGUCCAAAGCGUAGCGGAAGAGUGCAAAUAUUUAACUCCAUUGUGAUAUACUCGUGCCAACAAACAUUUAUUACUGCGUUGAAACAUUUUUAUCACCCCCCAAAAUGGGUCCAAUUCCGCUAAUACUAUUGGCAAUAAUUGGUCAGGUGUUCUCUGUGCCGCUCGUGUGUCUCAAGGAAGGCCAAUGCAUAUUAGGAUCGACCAUUGCGGCAACCGGAACUAAGGCGAAGAAGUUCGACGCCUUCUAUGGGAUUCCAUACGCUAAACCUCCUGUCGGAGACUUGAGAUUUGCCGAUCCUCAGCCGGCGGACAAGUGGAACGGAACACUGGACGCCACACUGGAGAAGCCGAUGUGCAUUCAGAAGAAUGUCCUCGUGCCAUCUCCCACUGUUCAGGGUGAAGAGGAUUGCCUGUACUUGAAUGUCUAUCGACCGAGAAGUGCCAAUGGGUGGCUGUUCAAGAAGAGCCUUCCGGUGAUGAUUUUCAUUCACUACGGGGGUCUCUUCGCAGGCGCAAUCACGCCAUACCUCCUCGGGCCGGAAUAUUUUAUGGACACCGGCUCAGUGAUUAUGGUUAUGAUGCAGUAUCGAUUGGGGAGUUUGGGAUUUCUCAGCACGGGAGAUUCUGCCAGUCCCGGAAACUAUGGCUUCAAGGACCAGGUGAUGGCCAUGCGCUGGGUCAAGGACAACAUCGAGUGCUUCGGCGGUGAUCCCACCUCUGUCACGCUCUUCGGACAGAGCGCCGGAGCCGUUUCCACCCACAUGCACAUGCUGAGUCCACUCUCCAAGGGACUCUUCCACAGAGCCAUCGUGCAGAGUGGAAAUGCCAUUGCACCCUACAAUUUCCCCGUGGACGAUCCUCUGCAACAGGCUCGAGAGCAGGCCAAAGUUCUGGAUAUUCCCAAUGCCUCGACUCUGGACUCCGCCAAGAUUGUCGACGAGCUGAGGAAGGUGGAUGCCAAGCGUCUGGUUGAGAGCUCGGACAAGAUGAAGUUCUUCUCCGUGGAUCCAAUUGUGCUCUUCAGAACUGCCAUUGAGCCUCCCGGGCCGACGGCUUUCAUGAGCGAGAAUCCCAUUGACAUCGUGAAGAGUGGCAAGUUCCAGCACGUCCCUUGGAUGACUGGUUUGGUGCCCAACGAGGGCAUCGUCAGAGCAGCAGCGAUUCUGACCAAUGAAACUGACUUGAAGGAAUUGAACAGUCGCUUCGAUGAGUUGAUGCCAAAACUCAUGCAAAUCAAUGCCACUGCUGAAGAAUUGGCGACUUUCUGGCCAAAGGCGAGGGAUUUCUACUUCAAUGGCGAAUCCUACGUAAAUGACUCCAACGCGCAGAGAUUUAUUGACAUCUUCACCGAUCGCGCCUUCUACCAUCCAUUCUACAAGACAGUCGAGGCUUAUCUAUCCUAUGCAGACACCACUAAGAAUCCCCUUCAUCUCUACAAAUUGUCUUACAAGGGCAACUACUCGUAUUCAGUGGUUUAUACGGGAAGCACGAGAGAUUUUGGUGUGGUUCAUUGUGACGAUCUGCUUUAUCUCUUCCGCACGCCAGCAGUCUUCCCUAAAGGACUCCCGCCAGACUCCUCGGAUGAGAAAAUGAAGAACAUCUUCGUGAAGACAUUCACAUCGUUUGCCACGAGUGGAAAGCCAAAGGAGUGGACAAAUGUUCCCGAUUGCAACAAAGCGUCUAUGAAUCCAAUUUGUCACUAUCAGCACUUCAACAAUUCGCCCACCGGCGAUAUUCUGGUGAAUUCCUCACAGCAAUUCGACAUGGCGCCCGUGAGGUUGUGGGAUGAGUUGAGGGAGUAUUGAUUUAAUUUGGCAUAAGCCUAUAUUAUUUACCUAAAGUGAUCCUCAAUGUAAGAUAUACUUUGUCUUCCAAUAAGAGAUAUUUCAGGAGCAAUUAUGCUUAUCAA